AUGAGUAAAUUGUCGUUACCAUCUAAUGAAAAAAAUUGCAAUGCUGACUUUUGUAAAGUACUCCUAGAUCUAGCAGAAUAUGAGAAAAACGUGACUCGCAAUGUUCACAAAUAUAAUGCUUACAAAAAAGCAGCGGUUGUAUUAUCUACACUUGACCAUAAAAUUCAAUCGGGUGACGAAGCCAAAAAAUUGAAAGGGAUUGGCGAUAAAAUAGCUAAGAAACUUGAUGAGUUUAACGAAACAGGAAAAUUGAAGAAACUUGAAAGUAUUAACCUAAAUGAAAAUGUCAAAUCUAUAAAUAUUUUGACCCGAGUAUCUGGAAUAGGACCAGUGAAAGCUGCAGACUUGGUUAGAAGCGGUAUAAAAACCAUAGAGGAUUUAAAAAAUAAUGAGGAUAAAUUAAAUCAUCAUCAGCGUAUUGGGUUAAAGUAUUUUGCAGAUUUCGAAAAAACAAUUCCAAGAAAUGAAAUACAGGAAAUUGAAGUCUUAAUUAAAACAUUGGUGUAUAAAAUAAGCAAAAAGUUUUCGGUCACAAUUUGUGGUAGUUACAGACGUGGUAAAGCGGCAUCUGGGGAUAUAGAUGCUCUUAUAACACAUCCUAAAAUAACACUAAAACAGAACCGAAAUAAAAAUGAGAAAUAUACGUUGGAAAAAAUUGUGGAAAAUUUAGAGGGUCUUGUUAUUGACACUAUCUCUGUCGGCGAGACCAAGUUUAUGGGCGUAUGUAUUUUGAGAGGUUUGCCAGCACGAAGGCUGGAUAUUAGACUGAUACCUCUCGAACAGUUUUAUUGCGCUGUGUUGUACUUCACCGGCAGUGACGUAUUUAAUAAACAGAUGAGGGCGCAUGCUCUAGAGAAAGGAUUUAUGUUGAAUGAAUAUUCACUUCGACACAUUGGUGUUACUGGUGUUCCUGGAGAACCAGUGCCAAUUAGCAGUGAAGAAGACAUAUUCGCAUAUAUUGAUUUCCCUUACAAGCAACCAAAUGAACGCAAUUAUUGA